AUGGUGAUUCUGAACCACUUCUAUUCCAGCACAAUCAUCAGAGCUGAUCACCAUGAAGGCCAGGUCAAAUGUCACAGAAAACCAUGUGGAGGCUCUGAGGAGAGAUGGUGAAGUCAAACAGGUGGCUUUCUCAGCCUCUCUGUUGGCUUCAGGCUCAGGGCAUGUUGGACCAUUUAACACACUCACUCCUCUGGUGUUCAGGCACGUGGUCACAAACAUUGGAAAUGCUUACAGCCCAAACACAGGUUUCUUCAUUGCACCAGUGAGAGGAGCAUACCACUUUGAGUUCUACAUAGGUGUAGGUGGACAUCCUUCACAUGGCUCAGGUGCUGUGUUGGUGAAGAAUGGAGGACACAUCUUUAUUGCAUAUGAGCAUCAGACUUCUGGGCAUAUGAGCUCUGCAAACGGUGCAACUCUGCUUCUAGAGGUCGGAGAUGUUGUGUUUCUGCGUCUUUGGCAAAAUACAAGGAUAUUUGACAAUGGAAAUCACCAUAGCACUUUCAGUGGUCAUCUGCUUUUCACCACGUGAGAUGGGAAUGUUCAUUCAUACUUUCUGUUGCUUUAUUCACAUGCACACACAGCAAUAGUGUGUCAGUACAUUUUUAUUAAAGUAUCAUU